GAGUCUGCGACUGUGAGACUGGAGCUCCCUGAGGACCAGAACCGUCCUGCUUGUUUCUGUGACCUUGCACUGAGCACAGUCUCUGGCACAUAAGUCGGGAGCAGUGUAACGCUGCAACAAGUAAAAGCAACCGGGUGUCCUUUACCGUGCGCUUUUGGACUUCAGGGAAGAAAACAAAACUGACCCAACCAUGUGGCAGGGGAGGGACAAAACUCCAAGGGAUGGUGGCUCCUUCACCAAAGCUGAUAAACUGAGUGGGGAGGGUGCUACCUUUGGCAGUCAGCAGGUAAGUGGUCAAUCUAGUGACAAGACUGAAUUAAGCACCUUGUCAAUGCCUUCCCUGGUCUUAGAGCAAAGUCUAGUGCCAGUAUCCCCAUCUUAUUCUUGCUUAUAUAAUCAGGAAGAUCUGGAGCAGAAGAUACUGGUUUACUUCAUUUUUUAAAAUUGAAAUUUUGUUUUUUGUUACAAGAAAAAUUAAAUUUCUCUCCAUUCUCUUUCUGCCAUGCUGUCUCAUUAAGCAAGAAAACUAGCCCCCUAUCACAAGAAUGUAUGCAAACCAAAUAAAAUUUCUUAUUGGUCCUACAUAAAGAAUAUUUUCUAUCUGUGCUCAUGUCUGAGGAGGCAGACUAUAUGUCAUGAGUCCUCAUUGCAUUGUUCACAGUUGCUAUAUCUGUACCAAGUAAGAUCCACCUUCUCACUCUCCAACCUGCUUCCACAACCCUCUCUGAGAACACAGUCAAAUAAAACCCAUUUGUGCACAAUGAAUAGUCUGAGAAGUCAAAAGGCCCCAGUGCCUUUGUCUUGGAGAAUCUUCCUCACUCCACGCCAGUGGCAGGCAGCGUGUUUUGUGAUCAUUGGUCUUUAUGCUAACCUGAAUUCAGUGUACCCCUGCUCCUUUACAUCCUCUGAGAGGACCAACCUGUGGGGGUGGGCCCAGGUGAAGGGGGAGUCUGGGGCGGAGUUUGGGGGCCUGGGAGGAGUUUAGGGCCAAAGAGGGGAUUUUUGUGUGAUGGGAGGGGGAGACAGGAUUUAUGUGGGAGGAGCAGUGAGUCCUUAAGUGAUGGCCCUGGGUGUGUUUGGAGGAAAGAGCUCAACCAUCCUGGGGGAUGGGUGGGGCGGGGCUCUUGGGAUUGGGAAGAACCUCCUAGACUGGGUUGGAGGGGACCCGAAAAUUUAAGCUCAACUCCAUGUGUAUUUUGUGUAGCUCAGAUCUGUCUCCUGUUUUUCCCUCGGAGCUACGAUCGCUUUGUCUUCUGGAGGACACAACUGUGCUUGCAGCUGCCAGGGAAGCUGGAGUCAGAGGGAAUGGGCCCUGGGAACCUCAGACGUCCUCAGGUAUUGUUGACAUUCAAGGAUGUGGCUGUGGACUUUACUCAGGAAGAGUGGGGCCUCUUAGAACCUUCUCAGAAGGACUUGUAUAAGGAGGUCAUGUUGGAGAAUGCCUGGAACGUGCUCUCCCUGGGACUUCCAGUUGCCAGAGAAGAUGUGAUCUCUUUUUUUGAGGAAGCCCCAUGGAUACUGGACCACGAAGGUCUGAGGAGCAGCUCUCCAGAACGAGAGAUCAGAUUUGAAAUGAAGGAAAGUACUACAGAGCAAAGCCUUUAUGUGGUAGAAACUCACAAGCCAAGAUCCAUCAUUGAUGAUCCUGUUAACUUCACCUCGAAAAAUAUCUGUGUCAAUGAGAAAAUCUACAUUGGAGAGAAAUCUUAUGAGCAUAAUCAAAGAGGAAAUGCUUUCACAAAAAAGGGGGCUCUUAUUGUCCAUCAGAAAAUCCACACUGGAGAGAAACCUUAUGAAUGUAACCAGUGUGGAAAGACUUUUAGGCAAAAAAUAACUCUUAGUGUCCAUCAUAAAAUCCACACUGGAGAGAAACCUUAUAAAUGUAAUCGGUGUGGAAAGACUUUCAGGCUAAAGGGAAUUCUUAGUGAACAUCAGAAAAUCCACACUGGAGAGAAACCUUAUAAAUGUAGCCUAUGUGGAAAGACUUUUAGGCAAAAGGGAACUCUUGCUGUACAUCAGAGACUCCAUAUUGGAGAGAAACCUUAUAAAUGUAGCCUAUGUGGAAAAACUUUUAGGCAAAAGGGAACUCUUAAUGUACAUCAGAGAAUCCACACUGAAGAAAAACUUUAUAAAUGUAACCAGUGUGGAAAAGCUUAUACAGAAAAGAGUACUCUUACUGGACAUCAGAGAAUCCACACUAGAGAGAAACCUUAUGAAUGUAACCAAUGUGGAAAGGCCUUUACUUAUAAGAAGGAUCUUACUGGACAUCAGAGAAUCCACAGUGGAGAGCAACCUUAUGAAUGUAACCAAUGUGGAAAGAUCUUUAAUUGUAAGAGGGAUUAUAAUAGACAUCAGAGAAUCCACACUGGGGAGAAACCUUAUAAAUGUAAUCAAUGUGGAAAGGCUUUUAUGGAAAGGGCCGCUCUUAUUGUACAUCAGAGAAUCCACACUGGAGAGAAGCCUUAUAAAUGUAACCAUUGUGGAAAGAAUUAUAGACAAAUUGGAGCACUUACUGGACAUCAGAGAAUCCACACUGGAGAGAAACCUUAUGAAUGUAACCAGUGUGGAAAGGCUUUUACAAUUAGUGGAAAUCUUAAGAGUCAUCAGAGAAUCCACACUGGAGAGAAACCUUAUAAAUGUAACCAAUGUGGAAAGGCUUUCACACAAAAGGGAGGUCUUACUGGACAUGAGAGAAUCCACACUGGAGAGAAACCAUAUGAAUGUAAUCAGUGUGGAAAGGCUUUUACACAAAAGGAAAGCCUUAUUAAACAUCAGAGAAUUCACACUGGAGAGAGACCUUAUAAAUGUAAUCAAUGUGGAAAGGCUUUCAAACAAAAUGGAGCUCUUACUGGACAUCUGAGAAUCCACAUUAGAAAGAAAUCUUAUGAAUACAACCAAGAUGGAAGAGGUUUUUCAUGAAAAUCUGGUUAUUGUCAGAUCUGUGAUGAAAUGCAAAGGCAUUACAAUCAGGAGGAAAAUGCCUAGAGAUUUAAGACAGCUUCUAAGGCAUAUUGGAUCCUUCCUUUCCACCUGGUCUUCUACUUAAAAAGCUUCCUGGGAGAAUGGAAAGAUCACUACAUUUGGAGUCAAGAGGACAUGGGUUGAAAUUUUGGUUCUGUACCUCUGUGGUUUUAGGAAAGUAAUUAAUUUAGCUGGGGCUUUUUGCAUUCAGAUUAGGGUUCAGAUCUCUUCCAGCCAUAAAUUCUUGCAAAAGCCCAAGAAGAACUUGAAGAUAAACCCUAACUUUCAAUGGCACUUAUUCCUGGGCCCUCGGUUUCAGAUUGGGCUAAUAAGCUAGAUGACUAAGUCUUCUGGGUAUGACUGGCAGUUUGGAGACUCUGCAAGAUAUGGGAUAUUCUAAAACUAGAUCUUUGUUGAAUUAGGAAGCUUGCACAUCAUUCCUAAAUGAAUAAUUCUUUCUGCAGCUAGUGAAAUAGAUUUUUUGUCAUAUUUGUUCAGACAGAAAAUAUUUUAAGAUGCUUUAAGAAUGAAAGAUUUUAAUUCUGACAUUUCAGGUUAUACCCACCAAAUUGACAGUAAUGGAAAGUGUUGGGGGCACUGUAGAAUUAGAGGGACAACAAAUAUAUUGUAGCUCUGAAUUGGUCCAAGUUUUCUGAAAAGCCAUGUGGUCUUAGGAUUCAUUAAAAGGGAUGAAAUGCCCAUAUUUAGUGAUAGAGUACUUGCUGCAAGGCAUAAGUGGAAGUAGGCAGAAUGGAAGUACGGGGGAAAAAAAGUCUACAUAUACUAACAUAUUAGUUGCAGUGGCCUUUUUUUGUUUUAGUUCUUUUGGUAGUAAAAUAAAAAAUGUGUGAAAAAGAAAAGAAGUUAUUGAAGAAUGUCUACACAAAUUGUAGUGAUGGACAUAUUAGAAUAAUGUGACAUGAAAAACCACAGGUAGGAAGAAUUCAGUAAAUAAUCAGAAUAUGGAAAUGAGGGGAGAUGGAUUGAAGUGAGCAAAAUGGAAACUAUAUACACAGCGAUUCUCUCCAAUACUCGGAAAGCCUGACCAAUGAUCUCUUCAAUUUGAAAUUCCUUCCAACAAUGUAGAUGAAGUCUGUAUCCAUCCCGUGUAAUUCUUGCCUAUGUUUCACACAAAUUCACAGAGGCAACAAAAACAAAGUACACUGAAAUUCAAAAACAAUUGUUCUCUCAUCACCCCCUGCAAAUCAUUUCACAUCAAGGAAUUUUUUAUGUUCUAUACCUUUAACUCUUCAGAUUCAGCUCUAGAACAUCUCUUGCUCUCUGUAUUAGCCAAGAUGAUGACACUCUUGCAGAUAUUUUCUCUAGGUAUUUUGUACAAUUGGAGAAAGUUUGCUAUCUGUCAGUUAUUUCUGAAGAUCCAGAUGGAAAUUAUCCACAAUGAAAGGAGGAGCAGCUCAAAUUUUAGACUUUUAACCAAGUAUGGUAUCUCUGUCCCAAGGAUGAUCUCAGUCCUAUAAACAUUUAUAUUGUUUUUCCUGCCCACCAACUUGCAUUAACUAACCUUAAAAUGGGGACCAGGGUUGUCUUUUCAUCCUCCAGUCUUUAGCUCCAUGGGAAAGCCAUUUAUCCUAUUUACUAUUAAUCCAGGUGGAAGGUGAGCCUGGUGUGGUAUUUGGAGGCCAUUGAGGAGAAUAAGGCAGAAUUGGGGAUCUUUGGGGAUGGGUUCAGGGCUUGGGGAGGAAGGCAGUGGCAAUUAAUGGCACUAGAGGUAUCCAUUGUUUCAAGUACUUUUGGGAAAAAUCCGCCAGUUUCCUGGUUCCUUAACCCCUUUUGUUUUAUGGAAGGAAUCAUCCAAGAGGAAGUAAAUGGGCUCCAAGUCCUAAAAGUGAAUUAAAGUUCUUACACAUAACAGACUAACACAGUAGGGAUUUUCUACUCAGGACUUUAUUUAAAGAUUCCCUCAAACAAUUACACGUUCUGAAGGGAGCAUUGUGAUCAAUUAGAUAAUGCAGAUACAUAUAAGCAUGCUUUUCAACAAGUUGCCCAACAUUUUUCAUCCUAAAUCCUAAAUACAUUGUAAUAAGGAAUCCAGUCAGAAUUUGUAAUUAUUCAUCAAUAACUUUCAGUUCCCUUCCCCAAAUCAGUGAGGCUCAAAGUCCAAUAAGGGCAGGAGCAAAGGUCUCAUCUUCUAAAACUGCUUCUUCCUACCAAAUUCUUUUUAUUACACACAUAUGGUACUGAUAGCUAAACCAGACAGACCAAAAACAGAAUUGUAGACCAAUCUCUCUAAUGAACAUUGAUGCAAAAAUCUUACUUAAAUAAAAUACUAGCAAAAAGAUUACAGGAAAUCAUGCCCAGGAUAACACCAUGAUCAAA